CCAUCCUUGGGUGCCAUGGAGUUCCCAAGAGGCCAAGAGGAAAGGGAGAUUUGGCCAUUAGAGAAGGUGGGAGACGAAAACCCACCAAGAAUGAUUGUGGAAGGACAGCAGGAGGCGAUCCAGAGCUGCCAGGAGACCGAGAGCCAGCUUCCAAACCGUCAGGCCAUUGGGACCACAAGCGGCGAGGCAUUCGCCAGGGCUGCGCCUUCCGGAGACGCCCUUGUCCAGUGCGCCGACGGACUCUCGCAUGAGACCUUCAAAAUUUGCAAGGAGUACCUGCGUCCAUUUAAGAGGUGUCUGCGGAAGCUGAAUUUGCCCAAAGAUUUUCCAAGGGAGAAGAGGCUGAGGUACAUCCGGAAGAAUCUCAUCAUCCUCGGAGACCACAUCAACAAGUUCCUCCAGGAUUACUGCAAAAAGUGGGAGCAGAAGCACUGGAAGAAGAUGCUGUGGAGGUUCGUCUCUCUCUUCUCCGUCCUCGACGAGAAGCAACUAUGCAAACUGUACCACUAUGGCAAGACUGACCAAAAGGCCAAGUUUACGAAGGCCUAUUGUCGCUUGGAGAAGUCCAACAUGGUUGCUCUCCCUGAAAAGCAGCAGCUGCAAGAUACCUGGGAUCUCCAUGGGCAAGAGAACCCAAACCUGACCCACUCACUGUCACCAAGCGGUGAGCAGCCCUCAGGGAGCAGCCCAAGGAAGAGGCUCCAGAAGAGUUCUUCAAGAACCAAAAGGAAGGGAGGCACUGACAAGCCUCAGCCGACGCAGGAGCCAACUGCGUCUCCCGGUUUUCCGUGCGGCGAAGGAACAGCAUCACCUUCGACUUCCCAAGCAGCUCUUCUAAACUUCGGUUUGUAAGAAUGGGAAGCGUUCGCCGUGGGAGAGAGGACAUAAUUUUAAUGCUACUGUAUGACAGUUUUCAAAGGUAGAGAGAUUGUUGGAUACCUGCA